AAUUUGGCGGUACAAGGAACACGUUUUGGACCCUUUAAAAUGUUAACUAUAUUACUACCUUUUUUAAUACCAGCUGGUCUGGUAAUAGUAUUCAAAAUUAUGAAUAGAAAGCCAAAGCCUAGUAUUUUUGGGAUUUACAAACAGCAAGACACAUUUUAUUGGUUAAAAUUUAUAGUAAUGUACACAUUUUUGAAGACACGGCAGUUAAUUACCUAUCUAAAACGGCUUUAUGCGGUAGAAGUCGGUAAAAGCAGCGACGGUGUUACCCACAUACAUAAGGAUGACGAAGUGCUCGAAAGAAAAUAUUAUUUGGAGACAUCAACGUCCAUCGAUGCUGUAUACUUCAACGGUAUGUCGAAGGACAACGAUGCUCUCGUGUGCGGAGUCGCACGGAGAAAGGACAAUAUUUGUGAGGCUUUCCUGUACUUGAAGAUCAAUGGAGAAGACCUGUUACUCAUGCCAUCAAUGCCGGACACGCGUUUGGAGCAAUCUCUCACUGAAGCGGGCGAAUACCACGUGCAAGGCAUCAAGAUCACCAACUUCAUACCCAUGAGGACUUGGCAGCUGUGUUAUAAUGGCGAAAUGAAGCCCCGAGGCAAGCAAGACCAACGCGUGAAGGUAGAGAUGGCGCUGACGUGGAGCGCCUGGUGGCCCCCGUUCAACUACGACUCCAUGAUGGCGCCAGAGAGCAUGGCCUCGGACAUGGCCAGGGAACACUGGUCCAAGGAUUACUUUAAACUUCUUAAGAAAUUUCAUCAAACACAUUACGAACAGAUGGGCUUCUUGAGAGGAACAGUUAAAAUAGAUGGGAAGGAAUAUGAUCUCAACAUGCCUGCUGUCAGGGAUCACACUUUCGGUUCGUUCCGAGAUUGGCACACGUUCCACCGCUACGUGUUGCACUUCAUAUUCCUGGACAAUGGAGACUGCAUGGCGAUCGGUAGCGUAUCGCAGCCGGCUAUAUUGUCACAUCUCACCAUCGGUUACCUGUGUCGUCACGCCGACCAGACAGUGUUACCAGUUAAAUGGUGUGACUACCGUCUCUACCAUCACGGAGAGAACAAAAUAAUGCCUAAAGACUACGGAUUCGUGUUCAAAGCUGGCAAUCAAGAAUACGCCGUGAAAGUAAACGUGGAAGAUGAGGACGCAAACUACUUCGGCAACGGAAGGAUCGCUAAGAUCUACGAGCGCUGGUCCUCCGUUGAAGUCAACGGGGUGAAGGGACGCGCUUGCGUGGAAUGCCAGUUCAAUAAUGUGCAGAAGGAUUAGUAAAUUAUGAUUUCAUA